GCGCGCGGUGCCUGCUGGGAUAGAUGCGCGCUUCCGGCUCAUCGCUCCUGGUCCACGCCGCUGCCUCCGCUCCAGCCUCCUUCCCUCCGGUGUUUCUGUGCCAGCCCGCGGCCCCUACUCACCGCCCGUCAGCAUGGCGAUGCAGGCAGCCAAACGAGCCAACAUCCGGCUUCCUCCGGAGGUCAACCGGAUCCUGUACAUCAGGAACCUGCCGUACAAAAUCACGGCCGAGGAGAUGUACGAUAUUUUUGGGAAGUACGGGCCCAUCCGGCAGAUCAGAGUUGGAAAUACCCCUGAGACCAGAGGAACAGCCUACGUGGUCUAUGAGGACAUCUUCGAUGCCAAGAAUGCCUGUGACCACCUGUCUGGGUUCAAUGUGUGCAACAGAUACCUCGUGGUUCUGUACUAUAACGCAAACAGGGCAUUCCAAAAGAUGGACACAAAGAAGAAAGAAGAACAGCUUAAACUUCUCAAAGAAAAAUAUGGAAUUAACACAGACCCGCCAAAAUAAACUGAUCUUUUUUGGAAAACUGUUUUCAAGCCCUGUCAUUGAGUUCUUGGCCUAAAUAUAGGAAUUCUUAAAGUGUAAUUUUUUCUCAUAUAAAUUUGAUAAGCUGCAAUGUGAGUCUUUAUAUCUUGAGAUUAGGAUUAAAUAAAUUGUAGAACACA